AUCAUGGUUGAGUACGGUUGUAAUGUCGCUAACAAAUUCGGCUUUAUGUCCGACGAUGACGAGUUUGACGACCCACAAGAGCUGAUCAGUCGUGUCACCCAGUUAGAGGCAGAGAAAGCAGCUGUGGCUCCGAAGGAACCUGUAAAGGCUGCUGUAGGAAAGGAAAACAGUAAGCCAGCCAGUGGAGAACGUGGUCGCGGUGGCAGAGGUCGUGGUCGUGGGACGGGCGGUCCCCGCCCUCCACGUUCAGAAGGAGAAUUUGCUGACCGUUUUGGAGAAACCCGUGGAGGACGAGGAGGUGGUCCACGAGGGGGAGGGCGUGGUCGUGGUGCUCCUUUGUAUGAUGAGCUUGCUGGGGAAACUGAACCUAUUGCCGUACCGGAAGAGCCCGAGGUUCCUCGAGAGAAGACUGCUGAAGAGCUCGCACAGGAAGCUCUUGAGGCUGAAUAUGCGAAGCAAAAGACCUUGAAAGAGUACAUCGACUCUCAGAAGAAGGAAGCUCCCAAAUUCAACGUCCGCAAGGCUGGUGAAGGUGAAGAGGAGAACUUCGGUAAGCUAGUCAAGCUGCAAAAGGAAGUGCUUGUCGACAAAGAGGAGGAAGAAGUUUCAAUAAUUCGCCGCGAACCACGUGAGAAGGCACUGCAUAUCGACAUACAGUUCGCUGAGCCCAACCGUGGCUUCCGUGGUGAUCGCCCACCAAGAGGUCGUGGUGCACGCGGUGGUGGGCGAGGGGGUCGCGGAGGAAACCGUGCUCAGGCUCCUCCACAGUUUGAUUCCUCGCUUGAUGCCUUUCCCGCUCUUGGUUCCAAGUAA